GAUGCUCGGAGAAUUCAGGGCACAACGAAUCAGAUUGUAGCGAGCGAGGAUUUAAACCAAGACGCUGCACUUAAUAACUCCACCACAUUGCUCUCCAUUACGAUUCUCCGUCUUUUUGUUGAAGCAGCGCACAUUUCAAAUGGCUCUUCGUGUAACCAGAAACCGCUUGGCUUCUACCAGGGCUGACCUCGGUGGAAAGGCCUGCUCGGUGGCUGGGCCGUCACUGAAGCCUCGAGCGGCGCUUGGGGAAAUCGGCAACAUUGCGGUUAACAAAGAAGCACAGAAAAAGAAUGUCAAGACAGAGGCCACUAAGAAGACCAGAGUUCCUACUAAAGUUGAAAAAGUUGUUGAACAACCCAAAAAUGUCCCUGUCCCUGUUGAGCCUGAGGUGCAAAUUCCCCCUGAACCAGCAUCCCCAACUCCAAUGGAGACUUCAGGCUGUGAACCUGCAGACCUCUGUCAAGCAUUUUCAGAUGUCAUUCUCCACACCGCUAUCAGGGAUGUGGACGCAGAUGACUACGACAACCCCAUGCUCUGCAGUGAAUACGUGAAAGACAUCUACAAAUACCUCAGACAACUUGAGGUUGAGCAGAAUGUAAGACCUGCUUAUCUGCAGGGCAAGGAAGUGACUGGCAACAUGCGGGCCAUUCUCAUUGACUGGCUUGUGCAAGUGAACCUCAAGUUCCGUCUGCUCCAGGAGACCAUGUACAUGACUGUGGGAAUUAUUGACCGCUUUCUUCAGGACCACCCAGUCCCCAAGAAGCAGCUGCAGCUGGUUGGUGUGACUGCCAUGUUCCUUGCUUCCAAAUACGAGGAGAUGUAUCCCCCAGAGAUCUCAGACUUUGCCUACGUGACGGACAGGGCCUACACCACAGCCCAGAUCAGAGAAAUGGAGAUGACGAUCCUCCGUGUGCUCAAGUUCAAACUAGGCCGCCCUCUUCCCCUGCAGUUCCUCAGAAGGGCGUCAAAGAUUUAUGAGGUGACUGCUGAGCAGCACACCCUGGCGAAAUACCUCCUGGAGCUCACCAUGAUUGACUAUGAGAUGGUUCAUUUCCCACCUUCAAUGGUGGCAAGUGCUGCUUUGGCGCUUACCCUCAAGAUCUUAGAUGCUGGUGAAUGGGAUGUGACCCUGCAGCACUACAUGGACUACACAGCAGAGAGUUUGAUUCCUGUGAUGGCACACAUUGCCAAGAAUGUUAUAAAAGUGAACGAUGGGCUGACCAAACAUAUGGCCAUUAAAGGCAAGUACUCUACUUCAAAGCAGAUGAGGAUUGCCACCAUCUCACAACUCAAAUCUUCAGUGGUGAAGGAUCUUGCAAAGAAACUUGCUCAGUGAGAUGACAUUUUUGGCACCGUGUGCUGACUUGUACAGUUGUAACUUAACUUUUUUUUUUUUUAAUUUUCUUUUUCUUUAAUUUUUUUUAAAUGUGGCUGAAAGAUCAGUCCCCUAAGGACCGUGUCAGUGGUCUGCAUGUUUUACCAAAUUGCAUGGGUCUUACUGACCAUUUCCAAUGCAUGCCACAAGCUGUAACUUCCAAUUUUCCAAUCAGUUAACUUUCUAGCAUAAUACAAUGACUGCUUACCUUUUCAAAACUUGUGGCAUGAUUUGAAAUGGUCAGCAAUGUAAAGGGUCCAGUGGACGUGCAUGUACCCCGUACUUUUAAAAUGGGACCGUAUUAAUGUGUGUGGAUGUGCAAAGUGGUGUACUUUUUAAGUGAUUUUUACAUUCUUAAAUUGUUUUUAAAGUGUCUAUUAAAUGCUUCUGAAAAUUC